AUAACCAUCCAAGCCGCUAGGUGGCGGUGUCGCUUAACCUCUCUGUGCAGCAGCAGCGUCUGUUUCCCGUCGAAGAAGGCACGAUGGCAGCAGCCACCAUGAAGGCAACAGCAGGCGUUGAAGACAUCGUGGUCACCUUUGAAGACCAGCAGAAGAUCAACAAAUUUGCCAGGAACACGAGCCGGAUCAAGGAGCUAAAAAACGAAAUCGAGGCAAACAAAAAAACUCUGCAGAACCUGCAGGACGCCAGUGAUGACAUCAUGAUGCUGGAUGACGACACCAUGCUCAUCCCGUACCAGAUCGGUGGCGUUUUUGUCAGCCACUCGCAGGAAGAAACGCAAAAGAUGCUGGAGUCUGCAAAGGAGGCGCUAGAGGAGGAGGUCAGAGGCUACGAGGAGCGAGUAUCAUCCAUACAGCAGGUCCUGAACGACCUGAAGGUCCAGCUCUACGCCAAGUUUGGAGACAACAUCAACCUGGAGGCAGAUGAGAGCUGAGCUCCAGACGGACUCUGACGGCUGCACCGACACGAACGUUUCCUCCCAUUUCUGCCUCGCCGCCAUACAUCAAGCCUUUAGAGUCGCAGUUUUUAGCCUCCCCCUCAGAGAUCUCAUGGUCAUGCCGUCUGAAAUGACAAAACAACCUGCAUAUAUUUAAGGAUUUUUUUUACUACAAUUUCUGUUAAAAGUGAAAUAAAGAACAUCUGAAGUGUCUCUA